AUGGCUGCUGGAUGCAGCAAGACGUUCACCUCUAAAUACGAGGAGGAGCUGUAUUACGAUGUGGAGUAUGAGGAGUUUUGCAAAACCUUUGAAUUUUCCAACUCAUCGACCUGUUGGAUUUGCAAUGGGUACUACGGACCGAACUAUGAAGAACCGCUGUGUGGUACGUGCCAUUCGUUCAUUUUUCCCAACCAUCCACAAGACGAAGCCGAAGGGCUGGCGACCGAGGUAUCGGACGAUGAAGAUUCCGGUAAUGAUGAACCACCGGAGAAUGGUUCGGAAGCAAAGGAUCGAUCCGACGGCGAUCAGGAUUAUGACCAUCUGGAUAGGCCCCGGCCAUCGGCACCGCGUAAUGUGAAUCAAUAUCUCGAGAUGCUCUCACAGCCACGGGAAGCGGAUGAAUCGGAACGGCAAAUCUGUGCCCUACCGGUGGAGGUACUGCUAUCGAUCUUUUCCUACCUAGACGAUCUGUCGCUGUGGAAUGCGAGCGAGGUGUGCAAGCAGUGGAAGCGAAUACUGGAAGUACACAUUCCCCAGCAGAUGUGGAAGAAGUACACCAAGGAACGGUGGCCACUAUUUCAGCAGAUAUCAACCAUUCCCAACUGGCUGCAUAUGUAUGGCGCACUGAUGAACUCGUGCUUCUGCCGCACGUGUUUGAUACAGAUGGCCCACAAGGCACCGAUGCGCGGACGGGUCAAUCACAUUCGCGCGAACCGGCUUCGCAACGACAUUCGUUCGCUGGAUCUUGACGCGACGGAAGGUAUCGAUGCGGUCGCACUGGACAAUCAGCUGUUUCACUGGCAAGCAUCGAUACUCGGACCGGCCGGCAGCCCGUACGAGGGUGGCAAGUUUUUCCUGUACAUCGUCAUACCCUGCUCGUACCCGAUGUUACCGCCGCAGGUGCGGUUUCUCACGAAAAUUGUGCACCCGAACGUGUCCCGCCACGGCGAUGUUGGUAUCGAUAUCAUACAGCACAAUUGGUCGCUGGCACUGACUAUCUCCAAGUUGCUCCUGUCCGUGCAGAGUCUACUGACGGACCCGUUUACACAGAUUUGUAUGGAACCAGAAUUAGGCCGUAUGUAUGAGAACGACAGACCAAAAUUUGAAGCGCUUGCACGUCGUUGGACGUGGAAGUAUGCCAUGUACGAAGUGUUACCACCGGUUGAGGGUCUGAUAUAG